ACUGGAAGCGGGGCCGCCGAGGACAGCCGAUAACACCGAUGAAUGUUUUUGCCCCGGGUAGUAAAUGAUGUAAAGAUUACAAAGUGCCCUGUCAGUAGCUCUCGGCUGCCGGGCGAGAGACGCGGUGCGGUAAAUUGAGGACGGUUCCUCUAUAUAAGGGUCACGAGGAGAGACGUUUCACACGAGCUCCAGCCUGCUGUGUCCCGCAGCUCUUCUCCGCACGCGCUGCAGAGAUGUUCGGCGUCCCGAGGAUGAAGCCCCUCGCCGUUUUCCUGACUCUCCUGGCGAGCUCCCUGGCUGUGCCCAAAGACCUUACAGGUCGAAUGUUCGUCUUCCCGGUGCUGUCCGACACGGCUCACGCCCGACUCGUUCCUGCCGUCGAUAAGAUCCUGUACAACAUCACUGUCUGUCUGCGGUUCUUCUCUGACGAGAGCAAGGAGCAGUCCCUCUUUUCGCUGGCUACCCCAACAGAACAUCACGGCUUAUACCUGUACCAGGUUGCUGACGGAGGUUACCACCUCUACGUCUGGGGUCAGCUCGCCACCUUCCCAGCAUUGCCAUAUGAGCGGAACCAGUGGAACUCCAUCUGUGCCACCUGGGAUUCCUCUGCAGGUCUGACGCAGCUGUGGGUCAACGGCGUGGCCAGUCCCAAGAAAGCCCUCCGUGCUGGUGAGUCCAUAGCUGGAACCCCUAUCGUUGUCCUGGGGCAAGACCAGGACUCCUAUGGUGGGACUUUCAAUACUGCUGAUGCCUUUGUGGGACACAUCACAGACGUCCACAUGUGGGACUACAGGCUCUCGCCCUGUGAAAUCCAGAGCUAUACUGGCAACCUGCUCUUCAUGCCAGGAAACUACCUCAACUGGCAGGCGCUGGAGUUCACCAGGCAUGGCUACGUUGUUGUGGAACACAGAGACAGAGCGAAUGGAAUCUAGCGGCAAAGUGGCCAUGGAAGUGUGUCAAAUCUGAGAUUGUCACAUUUGGGUUCCCAACUUUGAAAUCUAGAAUUCCAAAAUUGUUCUACAUUCUACAUUUGGAUCAGUGCCGGUGUGAGAAUCGCCG